UUAAUGUUUUUCUGGAAAACUGGCAGAGGGAAAAUUUUGAAAAUUUUCCAAGAAAAAGAGGAAAGUGAGGAGCUCAUUAUAGGAAAAUUUCGAAAUUUUUCAGUGAGAAAUCACUCUAGGGAAAAUUCUGGAAAAUGACUUUUUCAAGUAAAAUUAAGGAAAAUUCAUGCUCUCACAUUUCAAUUGUUUCCUGGAAAAUUGGCAAAAGAGAAAAAAGAGGAAAGUCAGGACCUCAUUAUAAGAAAAUUUCAAAAUUUUCCAAUGGAAAAUCGUUCCAGGAAAAAUUCUGAAAAAAUGACUUUUUCAAGUAAAAUUAAGAAAAACUCAUCCUCUCACAUUUUAAUUUAUUUUUGGAAAACUAAUAAAGCAAAACUUGUGAAAUUUUUCCAGAAGAAAGAAGAAAAUGAGGAGUCCAUUAUAGGAAAUUUUCAAAAUUUUCUAUGAAAAAUCACUCCAGGAAAAAUUCAAAGAAAAUUGACUUAUUUAGGCAAAAUUAAGGAAAAAUCAU